UUAGGGUCAGGCUGGGGAGUGAGACACCACGGCGACUGUGUCUUUGGCCGAGGAGUAAAAGUGCGCUGGAAGUGAAGGGGCUGUGUCCUCAGGGAUAAACUCGAGGAAAAACGAGAAAUCCUGAGGAACAUAUAUUCCCAUCCCCCCCACAUUUUCCAGGAUGGAAGCCCGAAGUUUGAGGGAGAAACUUGUGAGGAAAUAAAGGAAGUUAGGCUGAGGGGCAGAGAGCGAGACUUUUCUAUUUUCCAAAAGCUCGGUCUGAGGCCCCUCAGUCUUGCUUCCUACCCCGCGCUUGAGUUUCUCCCCGGUUGGAUGCUUUCAGGGACAAUAAGAAGAGAGACAAUUCCUGGCUUUCUUAGAGGGCCUUGUUCUCCUUGGCAGCUCAAGUCUUGAUUCCCGCCCUCCCUUCUCGGGUUAGGAAUGUGCUGAGAAGCCACAGAAAAGGGUAUGGGCUUAUUUUGCCAAAGAAAGCACAGCAGUUGCACCCUGUUUUGCAAAAACCUUCAGUGUUUGGGAAUGAUUCUGAUGAUGAUGAUGAGGAGACUUCUGUCAGUGAAAGCCUUCAGAGAGAAGCUGCUAAGAAGCAAGCAAUGAAACAGACCAAACUGGAAAUGCAGAAGGCCCUUGCAGAAGAUUCUACUGUAUAUGAAUAUGACAGUAUUUAUGAUGAAAUGCAGAAAAAAAAGGAAGAAAGUAAUCCCAAACUGCUUUUGGGAAAAGACCGAAAGCCUAAGUAUAUUCACAACUUACUAAAAGCAGUUGAGAUCAGAAAGAAGGAACAGGAAAAAAGAAUGGAAAAGAAAAUACAGAGAGAACGAGAAAUGGAAAAGGGAGAAUUUGAUGAUAAAGAGGCAUUUGUAACAUCUGCAUAUAAGAAAAAACUGCAAGAAAGAGCUGAAGAGGAGGAAAGAGAAAAGAGGGCUGCUGCACUUGAAGCACGUUUGGAUGUAACCAAGCAGAGAGAUCUCAGUGGAUUUUAUAGGCAUCUAUUAAAUCAAGCAGUUGGUGAAGAGGAAGUACCUACAUGUAGUUUUCGUGAAGCCAGGUCUGGGAUAAAAGAAGAGAAAUCAAAGGGAUAUUCCGAUGAAGUUAGUUCAGAGAAUAGAAUACCUCACGAGAAAUGCAUUCUCCAGACUGUUGUGAAAGUAGAGGAAAAUCCAGAUGCAGACAGUGACUUUGAUACUAAGAGCAGUGAGGAUGAUGAAAUGGAAGGAAAUAAUCAAGCGAACUGCGGAAGGGGAAAGGGCACAGAGACCUUAAAAAAUGACUCCAAGCAUCACAGAAAUCAUACCCACUCACAGUCAUCUAGUGAAGAAAGAGAGCAUGGUACCAAACACCACUCCAAAAGUUCCAAGUCAAGAGGACAUGAGAAAAGGGAAGAUCAGCACCAAGAGAGACAAUCCAGGGACCAGGACAACUAUUACAUUGACCAGGAUUACCGAAAAGAAAGGAAGGAUUCCCAUAAUCACAGAGAGGCCAGUUACAGAGAUUCCCACUGGAAGAGGCAUGAACAGGAAGAUAGACUGAGGGGAAGAGAUGCAAAAGAAAGAAAUGACAGGGAAUGGAAAAGGGAGAAAGACAGGGAGAAAUACCCCUCAAGAGGACAAGGAAGAGAUAGACAACGAAAUGAUUAUGACCAACACAGUGAGAAAGGAGGAGAGAAGGAAGAGAAAAGCAAAGAAAAGGAAGAAUAUAUGAAAGCAAGGAAACAAAGAUAUGAAAACAGUGAUAAAUACAGAGAUAGAGAAAGACGAGAAGUAAGUUUUCAAUCUUCAGAAAGAAAUCGAGACAGAAAGGAAAGCAGCCCGAAUUCUAGGGCAAAGGAUAGGUUUCUUAACCAGGAAAGAGCCAAUAAAAUGAGAAACAUGGAGAAAGACAAAGAAAGAAACCCAGAGAAACCCUCUACUUCUGAAACAUCCCUGGGAACAAAACACAGAAUCUCCGAGGAAUGUCAGGAGACAGUCAAAGAGCAAGAGAGGCCACCUGAGACAGUGAACAAGUUUGCAAAGCGGAGCAACGAAGAAACUGUAAUGUCAGCAAGAGACAGAUACUUGGCCCGGCAAAUGGCACGAGUUAACACAAAGACAUAUAUUGAGAAAGAAGAUGAUUGAUGACUGCCCCAGCAGAAAGACCUAUGGAAGUGCAGAAAAUUAUAACUCCUGGAACGUGCUGUGUGAACACAUACAUGGGUGUGUUAACAGUGGUUGAGUGAGAGGCUAUUUUAAAAUAUAUUUUCAAAAUUCAUUUUGGUUUAGGUUUAAGUCAAAAGUCAAUCCUUUUAUCUUGAUUGACUAAAUUGAAAUAUAAUAUUUACUUAUCAAUACCACAUUCUUGGUUGUAUUCAAGCAACCUAAAUUCCCACAGGUACUUAAUGAAGAAAAUUGGCUCUACUACAACCAUUAAAAGAUAAUUUAAACAACUUUCCUCGUGUUUGUUGUGGGAGCUAUUUGUUUUAUAAAUAAUUGUGUUUCAGAUAAAAAUAUGUGGGUUUGAACAGAGAAUAUUGUUAUACUUUGUGUUCUAAAAUUUGUAUUAAAGUGUAAAAUACAGAUCACACAUCUUGCCUAAGUAACUUUUUAGCUAACAGCAUACUUGUCUUAAGUUAAAAUAAAAAUAGUGAUAUAUUUGUACAUUAAUUGAUGCUUUUAUUUUAUUUUAAAAGUUAUGUCACUUAUGUCAUACCAUAAUUCCUCUUUUUUUAAGUUAAAAAUCAUUUUAAUUCUGAAACCCCAGCAAGUUAAUAAGUUGGUUAUGUUAUAAAUCAGUUUUAGUUAAGGGUGAAAAGAUGGAGAUACUCAGCCUAAAUGAAAUUAGCUAAAGAUCCAGGUGGCCUAUUUAUGAAGAUGUCUUGUUUAAUAUACUCUAAAAAAACAUAGUACAACUUAUUAACAGUUCCAUUUACGUAUCAAAAUAAAACAAAUUUUUGUACCAA